AUGAUUCGUUCAAAGACACCAUUCGUUCGCUAUCCGAAUUGCGCGUUAACCGAUCACCGCCUGUAUCUGUCGUUAUUAUUUAAUAUUGAAACAUUGGAUUCUGGAGCGUGGAUUGAUUAUAGAUACAAGUUCUGAUGUGUCCGUCGUCUGAACGUAAAAAUCUUUCGUUAAAAACUGUUGCAAACUGUACAAGUGUAAUUUGUCUCUGUUUCAGGUGCAAAGAGCCUGGACGGUAUUUGAAGGAACUACCUCCCACAGCGGUGAUUAUCUGCUUCCACAACGAAGCCUGGUCGGUACUGCUGCGGACGGUUCACUCCGUGUUGGACAGAUCGCCGGAGCAUCUUAUACAAGAGAUCAUUUUAGUCGACGAUUUCUCCGACAUGCCGCAUCUGCAGCGUCAACUGGAGGACUACAUGAUGAACUACCCGAAGGUGCAGAUCAUUCGAGCGCAGAAACGCGAGGGUCUGAUCCGAGCGCGGUUGCUGGGUGCGGCGGCGGCGAAAGCACCCGUUCUCACAUAUCUGGACAGCCACUGCGAAUGCACGGAGGGCUGGCUGGAGCCGCUUCUCGAUCGGAUCGCUCGUGACCCGACGACAGUCGUUUGCCCGGUGAUCGAUGUUAUCGACGACACCACGCUCGAAUAUCAUUGGAAGGAUUCCGGCGGUGUGAACGUGGGUGGGUUCGAUUGGAAUCUGCAGGUAAGCAGAAAUUCCUUUCCCGCCGUUAUUUCGCGGAAACUGUACGCUAUGCCGCUGUGGCGAUCGGCAAUCGGUAAUCGGCAAUCGGCUAAUCGCCGAUUCAAUUGGCACGCAGUCCCCGAGAGAGAGAAAAAGAGGCACAAGAAUUCCGCGGAGCCUGUCUGGUCACCGACGAUGGCCGGAGGCCUCUUCUCGAUAGAUCGAGCUUUCUUCGAGCGCCUCGGCACGUACGACAGCGGGUUCGAUAUUUGGGGUGGCGAGAAUCUCGAGCUCUCCUUCAAGACAUGGAUGUGCGGAGGCACUUUGGAAAUCGUGCCGUGCUCGCACGUGGGCCACAUCUUCCGGAAGCGUUCGCCGUACAAGUGGCGCAGCGGCGUGAACGUGCUCAAGAGGAAUAGCAUAAGGCUGAGCGAAGUGUGGCUGGACGAGUACGCCAAGUACUACUACCAGAGGAUAGGUCACGACAAGGGCAAGUACGGGGACGUAUCGGAACGGAAGGCCCUGAGGAAGAAGCUCGGUUGCAAGUCGUUCAAGUGGUACCUCGAUAACGUUUAUCCGGAGCUGUUCAUACCUGGCGAGGCGGUGGCUUCCGGCGAGGUUCGUAAUCUUGGAGAAGGAGGUAACACCUGUCUGGAUUCGCCGGCACGCAAGGCAGACUUGCACAAACCGGCUGGACUCUACCCUUGCCAUCGACAGGGUGGAAAUCAGAUCAGACACCUGGUUAGCAGCAUAUGUAUAGACUCGCCAGGAAAACCUGAAGACCUGCACCAGCCAGUGGGUUUAUAUCCCUGUCACCGCCAGGGAGGCAAUCAGGUACACGAUCGAACGCGUUACGUGAAUAUUUGA